AAUGUCUUUGUAAUCACCGUAUUCAUGUCAUGGGGGUUGACCAACAACGUUUUGCGUGCUACCGACUGUAUCCUCCCUCCAAGGAGGUCACUUUAUGUCCGCUCCACAUUCGAAGUCUCAGCCACUGACCUCAGCCCAGCGCCUAAUGACAAGCUUUUGCAGAGACAGCAACAUACGUCCACACUCUUCUCAGCAUGGUCCGGAGCUCCCAGCAACGAAACAGGUCAAGCAUGGAAACGCCUUGCCGAGGACAAUAUGGGCGGAUUUAGUAUCUCCGUAGAGCUCUUCCAACAAGUCAAUCCUUCUCUGGAGACGGGAAUCCGUGUACCUCACGAGCUUGAGGACAAGUAUGUAGUGACUUUUGACGUUUUGCGCAAAUUGCAUUGUCUGAAUCUUAUUCGCCAGAGUUUCUACCCAGAUAGUUAUCCUGACUAUCAAGGCUUCAAUGGUCACACGUCAGAGGGGGUUCAGGUUCAUCGCGAGCACUGUAUUUAGCAGAUUCGACAGUCGUUGACGCGUAGCGGAGACCUCGGCAUUUUGACGUACAAUUGGGUCAAAGGAGAGCGAA